CUGGCUACACCCCUAUCUUUUUUUCUUCUCCUAAUCUAACUUUCUCUCUGAAAAUUUUUGGGGCUUGCAGAUGUGUCAGUUUUAAUGGAUUUCAUUGGAUCCUUCUUCUUCUUCAUCUUCAUCUUCUACUCCCACUUCCUCUUCUCUCUUAGUUUUUCCCAUCUGGGGUUUGAAGAUUUUAAGGGGAGCAGUGCAAAUUAACAAAGAUGAAAAGAAAAUGUAUUGAGAGUUUUAAGGAAAAGAGAGAAGAACUGACCGAAGCUUAAAAAGGAUGAGUAAAAAAAUGUUGAUAACUACCAAAGUACAAAAAUCCAUUUGUCUUAGAGCGAUGGUUAUGGAGGUGAUGAUAGUUGUUUAUCUCCCAUAUUGAUACCCAUUUGCCUAAAUUAGCAAUUUUAGUGAGAUUUGACUGCUUUGAAUACCCACAUCAAAUCAAGUCUCCAAAAAGAAAGCAAAAGAGUACAAGUUGAAAGACCCCAUUGGACCCAUUUUCUUUGCCUCUUCUCUUCUUCUUGAUCCAUCCCUUCGACUCUUUAAAAUCCUUCUUCCCUCUCUCUGCUCUUAUUGUUAGUAAGUGCAUGUAUUUAUCUCGUUGAUGGCUGAUCAAGGUGGGAAUAUUGUGAUAAGAGACUACAGGAAAGGAAAUUGGACAUUGAGCGAAACUAUGGUGUUGAUUGAAGCAAAAAGAAUGGAUGACGAGAGAAGAAUGAAGAGUAGUGAUAGCGAAGGAAGAAGCAAGCCAGCGGAGCUUAGAUGGAAAUGGGUUGAGGAUUAUUGCAGGAGAAAAGGUUGUUUAAGGAGCCAAAAUCAGUGCAAUGACAAGUGGGAUAAUCUCAUGAGAGAUUACAAGAAAGUGAGAGAUUAUGAAAGGAGAAUAGCUGAAAGAGGAGUUGGAAAUGAAGCAUCAUCCUCAUCCUAUUGGAAGCUUGAAAAAAUUGAGAGAAAAGAGGAAAACUUGCCCAGCAAUAUGUUAAUUCAGGUGUAUGAGGCUUUGGUGGAGGUAGUGGAGAGGAGAGGAACUCAAAAGGUGGUGAUUACUGCUGGUGGUUCAGCUUCCAAUCCAAGACCCAUUACUACUGUUCGGCCUCCGUUGUCUCCUCUUCUGCAACGUCAAAUUUCAGUUCCAAUUCCAGUAUUGGCGCCGCCACCGCGGCCGCUGCCUCCAGCACUACAAGCACAACCAUCUCCUCCUCUCCCAUACUCUCAGACGCCAUUGCCUGCAGUAGAUUCCGAUACAAGUGAGCAUUCAAACUCACCAGCAAAGAGGAGGAGGAGAAGAGGGGGCGGCGGUGGAGGAGCAAGCAGUGGUGGCAGUGCCAGUGGAAGCACCUCACAUGAAGUGGGCACUGCAAUCUCCAAAAGUGCUUCCAGUAUUGCAGAAGCUAUUCAGGCCUGUGAGGAGAGAAAAGAGAGAAGGCACAGAGAUCUAUUGAGUUUGCAUGAGAGAAGACUCAAGAUAGAGGAAUCCAGGACUGAGCUCAACAGGCAAGGCAUUAAUGGUUUGGUUGAUUCCAUUAACAAUCUUGCUAAUUCAAUCCUUGCUUUGGCUUCCCAUAAGCACCAAUCAACUCCCAAAUGAUCAUUUCCAUUAUGUUAAAUGUUGUGUAUCACUUAAUUAAUUACCUUAAAUUAGCCACUAUAUAAACAAUAUUUAUGACUCCCUAUUCAUUCCAAGAUAAAGCUUUAAUCACUAAUUAAUCCCAUUUUGGUUAAAUGUUGUAUUUCUUACUAUUUUUAUUCUUUUUUAAAUGUGUUGUAUAUGCCAUUUUAUUGGACUCACCUCUUCCCUUGUUUAUCCGUCGAUUCCAUCACCAGCUAGCUUCCCCAGCUUUUUCCAUCUUAUUUAUGUAAUUUGAGGCCGGAACCCUUAGCUUCAUUUGUCUUUAUAUUUCGAAAUAAUUUGGAUUCA